GUUGGUAGUAACAGAACCGGAAAUGUUGACAUAUCUCCUAGAUUUCUCCUCCUGAUUGUUCUCCUUUCACCAGUCCGGCAGGACCCAUACCCGGAAUAAGCUCUGAUUCUGAAAAUUCCUACCGGGUUCUUCGUAUCUAUCCGGGGUUAAAGCUUAAAAGAAGGAAUACAAAUGGGCGGAGUAUUGAGUUUAAAUAAUCACAAGUCAGGUACGAGUGCAGUCAAUGAGGUUUCACAGGGUGAAAUGUGUAAAAGACAAAGGAUGUCGCCCUUUCUCUGGGAAGACAACCCACGGUUGAUACCCAGCCUACCCGAUGAGAUAUCGAUCCAGAUUCUUGCAAGAGUUCCAAGAAGUUUGUACUUAGUUGCAAAACUAGUAUCACGCAGCUGGAGAGAUGCUAUUACGAGUUCUGAACUAUACAGAUUAAGAAAAGAACUUGGAACAACUGAAGAAUGGCUCUACAUACUGACAAAGAUUAAUGGUGAUAAUCUUUUGUGGUAUGCCUUAGAUCCGCUUUCCAGGAAAUGGCAGAGGUUGCCGCCAAUGCCCAAUGUUUCCGCCGAAGAUGGAUCUAGAAGAGGCUUCUCUGGUCUUCGAGUUUGGAACAUGGUGGGUUCAACCAUCAUUGCGGAUGCCAUAAGGGGUUGGCUUGGAAGGAAAGAUUCUCUUGAUCAAAUUCCUUUCUGUGGCUGUGCCAUCGGAGCUGUUGAUGGCUAUCUCUAUGUCUUGGGAGGAUUUUGCAGAGCUUCAGCUAUGAAAUGUGUCUGGCGCUAUGAUCCAAUGCUGAAUGCUUGGAGUGAAGUCAGUCCAAUGUCCAUUGGUAGAGCUUAUAGCAAGACCGGUGUCUUAAAUGGUAAGCUGUAUGUAGUUGGAGGUGUUACUCGGGAUCAUGGUGGACUGACCCCUCUCCAGUCUGCAGAAGUCUUUGAUCCUCAUACUGGUGAAUGGACUGAAGUGCCAAGCAUGCCAUUUUCUAAAGCUCAGAUGGUACCAACUGCUUUUUUAGCCGAUUUACUCAAGCCUAUUGCAACUGGGAUGACGUCUUAUAGGGGGAAACUAUAUGUUCCUCAAAGUUUGUAUUGCUGGCCUUUUUUUGUUGAUGUUGGAGGGGAGGUAUACGAUCCCGAAACAAAUAUAUGGGUUGAAAUGCCAAUGGGGAUGGGAGAGGGUUGGCCUGCUAAACAAGCAGGAACGAAAUUGAGUGUUAUUGUUGAUGGAGAAUUGUAUGCACUAGACCCCUCUAGCUCACUAGACAGUGCUAGGAUAAAAGUGUAUGAUUACCAAGAUGAUACUUGGAAGUCUAUUGAAGGAGAUGUACCCAUUCGGGACCAUACUGAUUCAGAAUCUCCAUAUCUACUUGCCGGAUUUCUUGGAAAGCUCCAUGUUAUUACUAAAGAUACAAACCAUAAUAUCCUGGUCAUGCAGGCUGAUAGGCAAAACCAACCAGUUCAUUCUCCAUCAACCUCCUCAGCUUCUCUGAGUACCUUGUCCCAAGAGUUUUGCGAACCAGUGUCAGAAUCCGAUGCAAAUAUUUGGAAAGUUAUUGCCACGAUGAGCGGUGGAUCAGCAGAGCUGGUUAGCUGUCAGAUUCUUGAUAUGUAAAUAAGCUAUGAAACUAGUUUGCGUUUCCUUUUCUUCUGAUUGCCUUCCCCGCUAGGGAAGUCGUAAGUAAUAGCCAGUUUGAAUUUUAAAUCUUGCACACACUGCAGGAGUGCAUAUUUUUCGUUUUUAUUUAGAGUACUGUAUACAAACUGUAUCACUGUGUGCAUGUAUAAGAUGUGCCCUUUUUUUUUUUGAA